CGGGGGUUGUAGUUCAGUGAUUGCAUACAAUACAUUCAAAUUCCGUAUGAAAAGGGUUGAAUUUACUGUCUUUCAUUGUAGAGUAUUUAUUUUCUAGGUUGCCCUACCCACAUCUCAUGCGUAAAUACGAUGUAUGACGAACAAUUCGUGGGUAUUUGAACCUAAUACGUAAUGCUUUUAUUGUGCCAGACGUGCGAACUCCAUAUCUAAGGCAGACACUGUUUUGUCGUCAUAAGCACGACAGGUAAAAGCCGUAGAUCGUAGUCUUAUUAAUUUGUUGCGGCUCUGUUAUAACCGGUCCCUGUGUGCUAGACGAAGUGGAUCAUUCUGGAAAUCAGUUACGUGUAUUAAACUAACGUAAGCCGGGGUUAUCCGGUGGUUCCCCAUUGAAUUUCAGCCAACUAAUGUACACUUGUGGAAUUCCUCUAUACGUGAUUUCUGAACGUUUCCACAGAAAUUUCAACGUGAAGGGAAAGUAAUAUUGUGAAUUGUCUAUCGAAAUGUAGAAGUGGACAUGGAUGAUCCGUUAAUCAACAAGCUGACAGCUGGAACUCAGUUCACUAAAAUCAAAGACUCGGGCAGUUCUAAGUACUAUACAUUUUCAUUGAACACAACCAGAAGUGUUGUUACGUACAUACCUACACAAAAGAAAUCAGGAGCGUCUGAAUUUACAUUAGAUAACAUCAGAGAAUUACAAGCAGGUAAUAUAUCAAAAGCUGCUCGUUCUAAGAAGAAUAGAGUCUCUCUAGACAGAUGCUUUUCUAUAGUCUUUAAUAACACUUCCAAAACAUUGGACUUAGCUGCUCUUAGUGCGGAAGAUGCUAAAUCAUGGAUUGACGGACUGCGCUUAGCUAAGAAACAAAGCAUUGAACUUGAUGUUCCAGAUCUGCAGGACCGAUGGCUGAGGCGUUGCUUUGAUGAGGCCCACUCCUCAAAGGAUCAUUAUAACUUUGAAGAAUGUAAAGCUCUCUUGGAAACUGUUGGAGUUUCGACCGAUACAUUCUUCUUGGAGAAAAUUCUUAAGACUGUGGUUCAGCGGAAUCAAGGACCAUUGUAUGAAAACACUACAACGCUUACUUUAAACGCUGCAGAAUUUGUACAACUUUACAGAACAGUUACAAGUAGAGACGAUCUUCUCAAUUUAUUUGUCAAAUAUGCUGGAGGGAAUGACUUCUGGAUGGCUUAUGAGUUCCUACAGUUUAUGCACGAGGAACAAAAGAGAUUUGAAUUGAAGGAAGAAUGGUGCGAUGUAGUGAUAAGCAAAUAUGAGCCAAUUUCAGAAUGCAGGAAACGGCGUGUUUUAUCAUAUGACGGUUUUUUUAAUUUCAUGCAUGGUGCCAAUGGGCAGCUUAUCAACCCUUAUCAUCGUUACAAGGUCAACCAAGACAUGACCUUACCCCUGAAUCAUUACUUCAUUGCAGCUUCGCAUAAUACAUACUUGACACAAGACCAGUUUUCUCAACCUUGCACUAGUGGCUAUGUAGAUGCUUUACGCAAAGGUAGCAGAUUUGUUGAAGUUGAUGUAUGGAAUGGAGAUGAUGGUGAGCCAGUAGUUUACAAUGGCUAUACCUCCACAAAGCCGAUCCUGUUCACAGACGUCAUUAGGACAAUCAAUAAACAUGCAUUUGUCAUGUCUGAGUACCCGCUGAUAGUGUCAAUAGAAAAUCAUUGUAAUAUUCGACAACAGAAGAUUAUAUUGGAGCAUUUGAAUUCAAUAUUAAAAGACAAACUGUACAAGAUUCCAUUGCAUAGAAACCAAAGAUCACUGCCAUCUCCUAAUGACCUCAAAGGCAAGGUAAUAGUGAAGGGAAGGAGGUUACAAGAAUUCAUGGAGGAAGGAGAGGUGAGCGACGAUGAUGAAGCAGCUGAUAUGGAGAAUGUCAAAGUGCCAGAAAUCAAGAAGAAUCUUGAGAAACAAAAUGAGAUCAGGGGGGAGAAAGUUAAGUUAUCAUUGGAACUCUCAGAUGUGGCUGUGUUGUGUCAAAGUGUAACAUUCAGGUCAUUAGAGCACAGUAAGAAGGAAGGGAAAUUUUGUGAGGUUGCUUCAAUUCCUGAGAAGAAAGCUGCAGAACUAGGCUCCACUGCAGGACAACAAUUUGUUGACCACAACAAACAAUUCCUUACAAGGAUCUAUCCAGGGGGCUGGAGAACAGACUCGUCAAACCCAGAUCCAACGUUAUUUUGGAAUUUAGGUUGUUCUAUUGUUAGCAUCAAUUACCAGUCACCAGGCGAAUUUCGAGAGGUCAACAAUGCUAAAUUUCUGCAAAAUGGACAGUGUGGCUAUAUUCUGAAACCUCUAUUUCUUAGGAAAGGAAAUAUGAAAUUCAAUCCUGAUGCACCAGGCACACAGCAUGCUUGCAAUUGUACAAUCAAGAUUAUAAGUGGUCAAUUUUUACCUGCUUUAAAAAUAGACAACUUUGAACCAAUUGUAAAAGUCACUUUAUAUGAUGUCAACAAGCAUUCCACAGACGAAACAAAUGUAGGAAGCAUGGAGACACAGGGUGUGUUUGCCUACUGGCACCAUGAGAUCAACCUACAGCUGGUGCUUCCUGAGUUGUCCAUUCUUCGCUUUACCUUGUACGAUAACAAAAUGACAUCAUCAAAUGAUUACAUCGCCCAGUAUGCACUGCCAUUCAAAAGUCUACAACUUGGCUAUCACCACAUAUCAUUGUUAUCACCGACUGAGGAAGAUCUGAAACCAGCAUCACUUUUUGUCCAUGUAAAAAUUUUAACACAAUAGUUGGCAAAAAAAAUGAGGAUUAGGCAUAUGCUUCAAAAUAUGGGAAAGUAUAUUCAAAUCCUGGAAAAUUGGAAAAAAGACACUGAAUGAAAUGAUGAUGAUUAGCAAAAACAAGAUGCAGACUUUAACCAACAUAACAUUUGAAACUGAGAAAUAACUAAUUAGCCAUUUUAUGUAUUUAUCAAUAGCAUUUAUUGUUAAUAGAAUUUGUAUUAUCAUCUGUGUGGUUAUACUGUUUGUAUGUAUGUAAGUAUGCCUGUAUGUAAUUAUGUAUCAUAUUUACUUGUUGUUGCACAAGAGCACAGUUAAAUUUUCUGUCGACAGGUACAGUAGCUCUUGUGUCAGUCCUGUAUAAGUGAACACUACCAGCAAAGGGUUGGCCAGCCGAAAAUGUUUUAAUAAUGGAGAACAAAAUUAAACUUGUACUCAAAUUUUAAGUCUGAGAGUGUCAUUUCUAUUCCAGCCAUAGCCAAAAAAUGUUGUACCAUGGUGGGGCUGAGGUGGUCCAGACACUCUGUCUGUAAAAGUCCUCCGCUGUGCCCCUCAUACAAUAGUUAGAAUUCCUAGAAUCACCACUAAAGAGUAACAUAUUAUUUUAAGUAGAAUCAUUUGACAUUCUAGUAUAACUUUGAUGCAUGCUAUGAAAAUAAAAAUAAGCAUCCAGUGACCAUGUUUAAAUAUCACACAUUCACAAAUAAUCAUAUAUCAAAAAUAAAUAUGGAUGAUCAUCAAUAGAUAUAUAGAGAAUUCAUUUUAUUUUAAAAUAUUAAAUAUAUUAUGCAUCUAAAAAGUAAAUAAAUAUAUAUAUAUAUAUAAAAAUAAUCAUUUAUUUAAACCAGGUGAAAUGUGUUAAUGUUACCGCUAUUGUAAUAUAUGUAUAUUAUAAUACUAUAUACUUAUAUGUAAUAGCAUAAACUAUUGCAACAGGAAUAUAUUUGUAACAUGAGUUCUGGCUGGCAUUCCCAAAUGUUUUACAUAUUAUGUAAAUAUAUUAUUUCUUUAGUAA